AUGGCACCCUCCAUUGACACAUCAGGAAUGGAGUUCGAGGUGUUCCUGAGUUUCAGGGGAUCGGAUACUCGGGACAGCUUUACUAGUUGCCUCUACCAUGACAUGGUGGAGAAAGGAAUCCGCGUCUUUAAAGAUGACAAAGAGCUCCAAGUCGGUGAGAAGAUUGAGGAGCUUUUGAGGGCCCUCGAUGACUCUCAAAUCUACAUCCCCAUCUUCUCUGAGGACUUUGCUUCCAGUGCGUGGUGUCUCCGUGAGGUUGCCCGUAUGGUCGAUUGCACUUCAAAGUCGGACGGGAAGAAGGAGAUCCUCCCGCUUUUCUUCGACGUGAGGCCGGAGGAUGUCAAGAGCAGUACCGGAUUGUACAGUAGUGCCCUGUCUAAGCUUGAGAAGGAGAAGGUGAAGUAUGGCCAUGAGGAGGAGAAGGAGAAGUAUGACCCCGAUGAGGUGAAGCGCUGGAGACAUGCUCUUCGUGAGGUUGCAACUAGAGUUGGUUGGAAGCUGGAAGGAAAAGAGUAUGGUGAACUUAUAAAACUAAUUGUUCGAGAGGUUCUACUUAAGCUGAAGGGGAAGAACAGACGUCUUCCCGACCAUCUAGUUGAAACGGAUGACCUAGAAUAUAUAGAGGAAUUGUUGGAUGUUGACUCUGAUGACUAUGUACGUUUCGUUAUAAUCCAUGGGACGGGCGGUAUUGGUAAAUCAACUCUUGCUAGGGUUAUCUUCAAUCGAUUCCGAUCUAAAUUCAAUUGCAGCAGUUUCCUCGAAGAUGUCCAAAGUCAUCAUCCUUUAGACAUGCAAAAGAAACUAUUAUCUGAAACACUGGGGUCAAACUCUGCUCAAGAAAUCUAUGACACCAACGACGGGAUUGAUCGCAUAACAAGAGGACUUCGCAAAAAGAAAGUUCUGAUUGUUGUUGAUAAUGUGGACAAGGAGAAGCAGCUCGAGAACCUUGCAGGGAGCUGCGAUUGGUUUGGUUGUGGAAGUAGGAUCAUUGUCACACUCAGGGACCUAAGGAUAAUACGAAAUAAAGAAAACCAAACGCGACCUAGCAAUUACAUGGACUACUCAGUAAAGGAGAUGGCUUUUGAUCAAGCGAUUCAGCUUUUCAGUAAGCAUGCUUUUAGAAGCAAUACUCCUUCGAAAGAUUGCUACAAAUUCUCAAAAGAAGUCGUUUCAAGUGUAGGAAAGCUUCCUUUGACUUUGGAAGCCGUGGGUUCUCUUUUCGCCAACACAGUCAAAUCCGAGUGGGACAAGACAUUGGAGAAGUUAAAGCAAGUCCCGCCUCAUAAUGUCCGAGAAACACUAAUGAUAAGUAUCAACAAAUUGGACAACACAGAAAGAGCCAUAUUCUUGGACAUAGCAUGUUUUUGCAUCGGGGAGGAUAAGACUUAUGCGGACUACAUGUGGCGUAGUAUCAACCAUUUUCCACACAGCGCAAUUGAUGUUCUUCUGCUCAUGUCGUUGAUAAAGAUCGAUAAAAACAAUUGUUUCUGGAUGCAUGAUGAAAUUCGAGAUCUAGGAAGGUACAUUGUCAAGGAAGAGAAUAUUGAAGAUGCUGCAAAGCGCCGUUGGGUGCAGAUUGAUAAGAAUACUCUAGACAUACUGAGGAGCAACAAGAAAAAAAGAGCCGUACAAGCACUCAGUUUGGGUAUCAAUCAUGAUUUCACACCUGAAGAAAUAUCCUGUUUGCCAAAGCUGAGGUUCCUUGAAGGGGCAGGACUGAAUUUCGUAGGCGACUUCAAAAAUCUUCUUCAUAGUCUGAUAUGGCUUUCUUGGUGUGAUUGCCCGCUGAAUUUUUCGGCAACAAAUCUUCACCUGGUGAAUUUGGUUGUGCUCAACCUUUCAAGGAGCAAGAUCACCGAUGACUGGGGUGGAUGGAGGCAAAUCAAGAUGGCAAAAAAGUUGAAAAUUCUAGAUUUGACGCAGUGCUACAAGUUAACCAAGACACCUGAUUUUUCAACGUUUCGCAUGUUGGAGAAAUUGAUUCUCGCAGGGUGUAAGAAAUUGUCUACGAUCGAUAGCUCAAUUGGUAAGCUAAAAUUGCUAAGUACUUUGAAUAUCAAUGGAUGUGAAUCCCUCAGGGGGUUGCCCAAAGAAAUCGGUUCUCUAGAAUGCUUGUCAGAGAUUAUCAUACCCUACUCAGACAAUCGGUUUAAGCUUCCGGAGACGCUAGGCAAUCUAAAAUCUUUGACGAAGUUUGCAAUUCCAAUGCAUCGUGGUAUCAACCAACUUCCUUGCUCUAUUGGAAGGUUAAAGAAUCUCAAGCAUUUGCUUUUGCAUGGAUGUUGGAAUCUACAUGAGCUUCCGGACUCUAUCGGGGAACUAAAAGCACUGAUCGAGUUGGAUUUAGAAUCCUCAUGGAUCUCCUUUCUACCUGACUCCAUUAAAAAUCUAAAGAGACUAAAAGUCUUAAAGAUGGCACACACAAAGAUACGCACAAUACCUAGUGCUCUUGGAGGGGUGGAGACGCUCGAAGAGCUCGAUGCCUCAUUCUGUCAGCAUCUCACGGAUGAAAUCCCGUGGGAAAUGUGGAGCUUGACCCGUCUGAGGAUCUUGAACUUAUAUGAGACCCCAAUCUCAACAGUGCCCAAAAAGAUCAGUGGUUUUUCUAGUCUUCAAAUUCUUAAAGUUACAAGCUACCGACUUUGCCUGUUGCCAGAGCUUCCCUCAAGUUUGAAAUGCCUAGUGGUUAAAGCUGCUUACUUCCCUGUUCUUCCCAACCUCUCGAACCUAGUUCAUUUAGAUCAUCUUGAAGUGUGUAGAACACAUGCAAUUAUCACAUUUUGGAGUGCGAACGAGGUUAUAUCACCUUGGAAGGACGCCCGAUCCAUACAUCAGCUUGCACGUAGCUUGUCAACCUUGAUACUGGGUUGGAUCCCGCAAUUGCCAGAUUUUUCCAACUUCAAAAGCUUGGCGGUUCUCUCUAUCAGCGGAUGUCCACUGCCGCACUUCGCUAGCACACCCGAUCUAUCAUGCUUGAAGAGUCUACAACAAUUAGAGCUCGGUGCCUUAAUCAAACUGGCAGAAAUUCCAGGUUUGGGGGAGGUGGAAUCACUGAAGUUUCUACACAUUACCAUGUGUAAUAUGAUCAAACAAUUGCCUAACCUGUCAAAGUUGAAAAAUCUACAUAGUCUCAAGCUAGAACAUUGUGAAAAGUUGAGAGCCAUCGAAGGCUUGAAAGAAUUGAAUUCUUUGAAGAAGGUGGAGAUCAAACAUUGCAUGUCCCUGGAAAGGUUGCCCGAUGUGCUGGCAUCCACCAAGUUGGAGACAAAUUGGAUGCCGCCAGAAGCUGCAGAACACACCAUUCAGUCUGCCGUGCCGGGGAAGCGAUUGCGGCUUUGGGAAUUUUGGGACGAAUAA